CCGCCUGCAGCUGCGCCUCUAAAGGCGCUGCCAGUCGAGUCUUGUGCUACUGCUUCCUGCUCUUGGCCGCCUCGCUCACUCCCUGGAAUCCUUGCAACCCCGCCGGCAUGUCUCAGGCUGAGUUUGACAAAGCUGCUGAGGAUGUUAAGCACCUCAAGACCAAGCCAGCAGAUGAUGAGAUGUUGUUCAUCUACGGCCACUACAAACAAGCAACUGUGGGUGACAUAAACACAGAACGGCCUGGACUGUUGGAUCUCAAAGGCAAGGCCAAGUGGGAUGCCUGGAAUCAGCUGAAAGGGACUUCCAAGGAAGAUGCCAUGAAAGCUUACAUCAACAAAGUAGAAGAGCUAAAGAAAAAAUAUGGAAUAUAAGGAACUGGAUUUGGCUGCCGGCAAUGCAUUUCAUCUAAACUGAUAACCAUGCCUUGUUUUUCUAAUGCUGUGGAUGACGUGAAAUGAUGAAAAUAGCCCAUUAACCUAGAUCCUGAAG